CUAGAUUCUCACUGAAGCCGCAAGUCGAAGGCACUCACCAAGUCGGGCUGAGCAUCCCGUCAAGAAAGACAUUGCUUUCCCUGGUCGAUACUAGAGAGGCACUAUCUGGGCUCGAAGAGCCAUCAAGAUGUCAGCCCCCUCACCUACAGCUCCAGGCCGGAAUGACCUCCUCCACCGUCCCCUCCCAUCCUCGCCUCCUCCUCCACCUCUCCCGCUAGGUCUCACACCUCUGCAUGGUCCUCCUCGACAUGAGCAUCUAGUGCUGAUUAUCGGCGUGGGUCCAGGAAUGGGUCUGUGCAUCGCACAGCACUUUGCUGCACAGGGGUACGCGACUGCUCUUCUUAGUCGAGAUGUCCAGCGUCUAGAAGGGUGGGCGAGAGAGCUGGAUGUGGUGGCUAAGGAGCGUUUGCGCCGGGAUAGGGAGGAAGCAAACCAAUCUGGGAGUCAAGGCAAAGCAGAAGAGGCAGCACCUUUGAGUAGAGGAGUCUUCUGCGACGUACUCGAUCCGGAUAGCGUCCUCACGGGUAUCCGGAGCGCACUGCAGCUCUUCCCCGGUCGUAAGCUGGGCACAGCCAUUUACAAUGCCUCUGUGAGGGUCAAGCGCCCAUUUCUGGCGCAGACAGAGGCGCAAGUGAGGGAUUCGUUUCAGGCGAGCAUCAUGUCGUCUUUUGUGUUCAUGAAGGAGUGUGUCACGCUCAUGAAGGGAGGGGAAGAGGGCGUAGGAGGGGCUGGGACGGGAUCAGGAGGAACAAUCCUGGCGACGGGCGCUACAUCUGCCACAAGAGGAAGGGCGUCAUUUGCUGCCUUUUCCAUGGGCAAGACUGGGCUGAGACGGAUAUGCGAAGUAGCGGCUCGAGAGCAUGGCAAGGAUAACAUUCACAUCGCUCACAUCGUCAUCGACGGUCUGAUCGACUCGUCAGCAGCUCGCAAACACCUGGGCCUGUCAGACUCCGAAUACUUCCAUGAUGAUACGGUUGUGGAUCCCAGAGAGGCGGCCAAGGCAUACCUCUUUCUGGCACAGCAAGCCCCGUCGGCUUGGACCUUUGAGAUGGACCUGCGCCCGGCGAGGGAGCACUUUUGAUCAGGGAGGAGAAGUGGAUCAGGCGGAUCAUGUAUAUGCGUGACAGGUCGAGGCUGAGCCAAGGGGCGCAGUGGAUAUGUUGUACAAUUGAUUAUGUGUCAUGAAGCCAUGGUAACUGACUGACUUGUCUCC